GUCGGUUUGAAAAGAGCAGACAAAGGCUUUGAGCCCAGGACGCCCCUCUCUCUCUCUCUCGCUCUGCCUAUAAAGCCGCUCCAACUCUAUCUUUUUUGCUUUUCUACCAUGGGGUCGCUUCUUAAUACGUGUCGGUAAGCGAGUUGGUUUUGUUUUUACUUUCUUAAUCUGAAAUGUAUGACCGUCUGGAUCCUCGCACGGCGGAGAGAGGAAGGCUUUUUGUAGGUAUAAUACAAGGAAGCGUCGUCUGAGAGAGGGAGCGAGAGGGGGAAGGAUUGACGCUUUUCCUCCUCUCCUCCUCCUUCUUCCUUUCGCCCCCUCUCCUCUUUUUGGCGGAGAGAGGGGUUGAGGCAGGAAUAAACGCUCUUUUUUGUUGUUUUUUUCCCCCUUUUUUCUUUUUUAAUACAUUUGAAUCCUACUGCGCAACCAGACCGGAUCACGUGGCACUGGAGGGAGUUUGAUCGAUUUUGCACAGUUCAGUGUGAGAAAAAGAGAGAAACACACAACUCCAAUUUCUUCUUUUUUCUUUUUUUUUUUUUACUUCUGUGGAUAGCUGGGACUGUUGAUACUUUUGCAUUUUGUGCGAGAGGAGGGUGUGAUUGAGUUGAGUCUUCUGUUUUUCUUUUAAGCCUUGGAGGUGUGGAGUAUUAAUUUUUAUAUGCCUGGGUUUUGAAAAACAAUGGAGACGCACAUUUCGUGCCUCUUCCCAGAAAUUUUGGCAAUGAUUUUCAGUUAUCUGGACGUGAGGGACAAAGGCAGGGUAGCCCAAGUGUGCAUCGCUUGGAGGGACGCAUCCUACCACAAGUCAGUGUGGAGGGGGGUGGAAGCCAAGCUGCACCUCCGCCGGGCGAAUCCCUCCUUAUUCCCCAGCCUCCAGGCCAGGGGCAUCCGGAGGGUCCAGAUCCUGUCUCUGCGCCGCAGCCUGAGCUAUGUCAUCCAGGGAAUGCCAAACAUCGAGUCCCUCAAUCUGUCCGGCUGCUACAACCUCACGGAUAACGGGCUGGGCCAUGCGUUCGUGCAGGAGAUCCCAUCACUUCGGGUUUUGAACCUAAGUCUGUGCAAGCAGAUAACAGACUCUAGUCUAGGGAGGAUUGCUCAGUAUCUGAAGAACCUGGAGGUGCUGGAGCUUGGUGGCUGCAGCAACAUCACCAACACUGGGCUUCUGUUGAUAGCCUGGGGCCUCCACAGACUCAAGAGCCUCAAUCUGAGGUCCUGCAGACAUGUCUCAGAUGUGGGGAUUGGACAUUUGGCGGGCAUGACCCGUAGUGCAGCAGAGGGCUGCUUGAACUUGGAGUACCUAACCCUCCAAGACUGUCAGAAACUGACAGACCUGUCACUCAAACACAUUUCCAAGGGGCUGACCAAGCUCCGGGUACUGAACCUGAGCUUCUGUGGGGGGAUCUCAGACGCAGGGAUGAUCCACCUCUCACAUAUGACUUCCCUGUGGAGCCUCAACCUACGCUCCUGUGACAACAUAAGCGACACGGGGACAAUGCACCUUGCUAUGGGGACCCUAAGACUCUCUGGGCUUGAUGUUUCGUUCUGUGACAAGAUAGGGGACCAGACUCUGGCGUACAUCGCUCAGGGGUUGUACCAGCUCAAGUCCCUGUCUCUGUGCUCGUGUCACAUCUCCGACGACGGGAUAAACCGGAUGGUGAGGCAGAUGCACGAGCUGAGGACCCUUAACAUUGGACAGUGUGUGCGCAUCACGGACAAAGGGCUGGAGCUCAUAGCGGACCACCUCACCCAGCUGGUGGGCAUCGACCUGUAUGGAUGUACCAAGAUCACCAAGAGGGGACUGGAGAGGAUCACACAGCUCCCCUGCCUUAAAGUGUUGAACCUGGGACUCUGGCAGAUGACAGAGAGUGAGAAAGUGAGGUGAUUGGAAAUGCUUGGUUUUUUGUUUUUGUUUUGGGAGUGUGUGUUAUUUUUCUUUUUUGGAUGGAGACAGAGCGGGAAAAGGGAGGGAUGUGUGGGCAGAGAAGUUUUUCUUAUUUAAAAAGAGAGAAAUCCUUCCUUUUUUCCCCUUCUUUGUAAGGUGUGCUUCUCCCAUGUGACCAGGAUGUAUGCUCAAAAUGUUUUAUUUUUCUUUCUGUUGGCCUUGCAGGACUGAAAUCAGUGUUUGACUCCAAUAUUCAGCCUGGCAGAAAGCAAUUCAAAACUUCUGUCAUGAGCUCACGAAAAUCCGUGUUAAACGCAUUGUUUUGGUCUCAAAUCGAGUUUUAAGACCUCACAAAAACUGGACUUGGGACUAGAAUAACUUCAGCUUGUUUGCCAGAUUUUGUUUCCAAUCAGGUGUCGUUUUCCCUAAUGGAAGAAUCGGCUUCUCUUCCUGACACUUGCUUCCAGAAAAUUCUGGAUGCGAAAACUUUUAUCCAUCCUUAAAAGUCAAAAACAGAGGUUUUAAAACUUCAAUGUGGGACUUUUAUUUUUGCAGUGAGUCUGAGGCAUUUACGACUAAUCUCCGCUACAGCCAUCACGCCUAAAAAAAACAACAAAAAAAACCCAACACACACACAGACACACAAAAAAACAUUUGGCUACCUCGUAUGUGGUUAUUUUCAAAGGGUGUAUACUGUUAAGAAGGAAAGAGAGACUGGGAGAAAAUGUGCCUAAAGGGACUUGUGUCUGCCCCCUCCCCCAUCCCUCCAUCGCCUCUCUCUACCCUCCCUCCCUCUUCCCUGAGCAGAGCUAGAGAAAGGAGACCAGGACACAAUCUAACUACCUUUGUUAAUUUACCCCCAUAAACAAGAGCAAUUUCCCAGAGAGAGCCACGAGAGGGGGAAAGGGGAAGGCGGGCUGUCAGAUCCAGUCAGAGAGUGAGAGGAUGUCGCUUUAUGCAAAAUACAUUAAAAACCUGCUUGAGUGCAAGAGCUUUUUAUAUUGUUAAAAUCUUCCUUUUUUUUUUUUUUUUUUAAAGGGAUAAAGUCCAACUUUACACCCUUUUAGAGAUGCAUUGCAUUCAAGCUUUGAUCAAUAUAAAGGAGAUGCGAUUGCAAGCCUAUACCUGUAGUGAUUCUAUAACGAUAGAUGCAUGUUAAAGGUAUGAUCGGACCAUCGUUAAAAACCCAGUGUAUGUCCUUACAGGAUUAUUAGGCUGUAGGUAUUUUUGUUGUGAAAGGGAUGCUGGUGGAGAUAAAUGUCAAGUGAAUGUUGCUCAGAGCGUCGUACUUCAAAUUGAAGUGAUUUCUAUAUCUUAGCCUUUAUUCGUGGAAACAAAUCAGGGUUUGUGGCUUUUCUUUUCCCACGUUUAUACCGACACAUUCAUAUUCACGUUGCUCUCACCGGUAUAUAGAGAGGAGGAGGAGUUUUUUUUGUUUUUUUAUACCCUCUUCUUUUUCCUACCAUCUCUCACCCUUAUCCCCCUGAAUAAAAAUACCCCAAAUCCAUUUUGAGACAUGCUUAGAAUAAGGAGUAAUCGAUUAUUUUUCUUUCUCUCCCUUCCCGUCUCUGGUUACAAGCAGACUGCGUCUCUCUCACUCACUCACUCACCCUCUCUCCACCUCGCUAUUCCCCAUCUCUCUCUCUCUCUCACACACACACAUGCAUUUAGGCUGUACACACAUGCACACGCGCGCACGCACACCGACGCCAGUGUGUGCGCGUUUUUAAUGUAAUGCAAUGACCUGCUAGAAAAUUAAUCUACGGAUGUGCGUCCUGCUGAAAAAGCUGUGUGUGAGUGAGUGUGCGUGCGUGUGUUUGACAAUAAAAAGAUGUACUGUAUAUUAUGUGUUUGUAAAGAGAAAAAAAAUGCAGAAUCCCAAAAUUAAAUUGUUUUAUAUUCUUACGGUUAAAACAAUUAAAGAUAUUUAUAUAAUGAACGAACGAGAGCGGUGUGGAUUACUUUUGUGUAGGUGUAGCGCUCCAUUGUUUUCUGUUUUGUUUUGUUUUGUUUUUUUCGGAGGGGGAAUAUAAAAAAAUACCCACAAGGUAUUUUAAUCUUGUUUCCCAUAAAGACAAUCACAACUGCUCUGCUCUUGUCCUACAAAGAUAUAUUCCAUAUUCAGGCGCAUUUAAGACAAUAAGGUCUCUUAUUUUCAUACACUACUCCCAAUAAUCGCCCACGCAUCUCUAAGCAUUGUCCCUCAUCAGUCCUGUCUUGCUUCUCAAAAGGGCUGAAAAAAUUUCUCUUGUGUUGUUUUAUUAUUUAUGAGCAGAUUCAAAAUGGAUGCUUGCCGUCUUGAUUUGGCUGCCAGGGCCUGUGUAAUUAAUUAUCACCAAGGCGUUUAUUGCAGGAAACUGUUCUACCCUGCUGAUUUUUUCUAAUCAUAAACGUCUGUUUUGUUUUCUUUUUUGUCCUCUACAACGCUACCAAAAGGUGUUUAGCUUAACUGAGUUCCAGAUGCAACUCUCAGGGGGUUUUUUUGGGGUGGGGGUGUAUUUGGUGGAUUUCCUGGUUUAAAUGAAGGGUUUGGGGCAUUUAGUCUGGAUCCUUUUCGCAGUGUUUUACUUCACAUGUGGCAGAGCUGCGUCUGUGCAGCUGCAUGUGCGGCGUAAUGAGAUCUAAAAGUUGGUUAGAGCAGAUCUCCCUCUUCUCUGCUUUCCAUCAGGACGUGUCCUGUGUGUGAAGUGACACCACACACACACGCACACAUAGGGGGUUGCCAGGCCAGUCAGUAGCCAUUGUCUCCCUUUAGAAGUUAGAAAGGCAGGUUUGGGUGCUUUUUUUUUUUUCUUCUCUUCCUCUCUUUCUCCUCCUCUUGUUCAGUCACGCAUACCAGAUCCUAGACCAGGCAAGAGAGCCCUCUCCCCUUACUUUGCCCCCCCCCCCCCACUUACCACCAUGCACACACGCACACACACACAGACUGCUUUUUAGGCAUUCCACACCAUCAUUCAAAGCAUUUAAGCAUUCCCUCUCCCCUGACUCUCUGUCCAUGGGGAUUUGGGGAUAAAGGCCAGCAGAGGGAUUGUUGACCACAGGGACAGAGAAAGACAGAAAGAAAGACACACACACACACUCACAGAAUGCCAGUGUUUGCUGUUUCUUAAGUUUGCUUUAGCUGGCCUUUGGUCUUGUGCAAUAACGCUGCAACCAGUGCACACUGAGAUGUG